AUUACUGACACUUUGUUCCCGCGAAAUGUAGGUCGCCGCAAAUCAAGCGAAUUUAUUGUUUUGUUUGUAUCUAUAAGUGGAAAUCGAUCGCAGUCAUUUAGCUGGUGCAGGAAGCUGGCAAUAUCUCCAAGAUGCCAGGCUUCCUAAAAUACAUAGAGCUGGACAAUUUCAAGUCCUACAAAGGAAAACAGACGAUCGGCCCCUUCCACCAAUUCACAGCGACAAUCGGUCCAAAUGGGUCAGGCAAGUCCAAUUUGAUGGAUGCCAUCAGUUUUGUACUGGGUGAGAAGACCAGCAAUCUUAGAGUGAAGAAACUGAGCGAUCUGAUCCAUGGUGCUCCUAUAGGACAACCAGCUGCUCACCGCGCCACCGUCACUGCCGUGUACUGUGAGGAAGAUGGUACAGAGACACACUUCUCUAGAAUCAUUGUGGGGAGCUCCUCUGAGUACAAGAUUAAUGGGAAGGCAGUCUCAGCAACCCAGUACAGUGGAGAGUUGGAAAAGAUAGGAAUUCUGAUGAAGCAGAAGAAUUUCCUGGUGUUCCAAGGCACAGUGGAGUCCAUUGCUAUGAAGAAUGCCAAGGAGAGAACACAGAUGUUUGAGGAAAUGAGCAGGUCUGGGGAGUUAAAGGAAGAGUACGACAGAUGUAAAGCCGAGAUGAUGAAGGCAGAAGAGGACACCCAGUUCAACUACCAGAAAAAGAAAGGCAUUGCGGCCGAGAAGAAGGAAGCUAAGAUGGAGAAGGAAGAGGCUCAGAGGUACCAGAAACUACAAGAACAACUGGUUGAAAAGCAACUGGAAAUGCAUUUGUUCAAGCUGUAUUAUAAUGAGAGGGACAUCGAUGGUCUCAAUGAGGAGAUGUCCCAUAAGAACGCCAUCCUGGAGAAAAGUCAGAGGAAGCGGGAGAGGAUAGAGGAGGAGAUGAGAGAGAAGAAGAAAGAACAAGGCAAACUCGGCCGAGAGCUGCAGAAGAUUGAGCAGAAGAUAAAAGAGUCGGAGGUAGAACUUAACAAAAAGAAACCCCUGUAUAUAAAAGCUAAGGAGAAGACGGCACAUAUGAUAAAGAAACUUGAAAGUGCUAGAAAAUCCCUGAAGCAAGCAGCCAAGUCCCACGACAGCCAUGAACACGAGAUCAAGGUGCUGGAAGAUGAGCUGGAGGAGGUGGAGAGAAAGAGACAGGAGUACGAGGAAAGCUUGGAGGAGGAAUCUCAGUCCCAGGGCAGAGACUUACAGCUAGAGGAGUCACAGGUAAAAGAAUACAACCGUUUGAAAGAGGAGGCAGGUAAACGAGCAGCUGCCCAUCUUCAGGAGUUAGAAUCGGUCAACCGUGAGCAGAAACUUGACCAGGACAAACUGGACAAUGAGAACAGAAAGAGAAAUGAGCUGAUGGCCAAAGUGAAACAGAAAGAAAAUGAGGUGGAGGAGAACAAAAAGAGGGUGGACAAACUGACAGAAUAUAUCAAGACCAGUAACAGUUCCAUUGCUGAACAGAAGAAGAUAGAGGAUGAACUGUCUGGAGAGGUGGAGACAGCCAACGCCAGGGUAGCCGAGAUCAAUAAAGAAUUAGAGUCUGUCAUUGAACAGCUGGGAGAGGCUAGGGUGGAUAGACAUGAAUCCUCAAGGCAAACAAGAAGAGCUGAACUCCUGGAAAAUUUGAAGAGACUGUUCCCUGGAGUGCAUGGGCGCCUGAUAGACCUGUGUGAGCCCAGUCAUAAGAGGUACCAGAUCGCCAUCACUAAGGUGCUGGGCAAAUACAUGGACGCCAUAGUGUGUGACAGCGAGAAGACAGCCAAAGACAGCAUUCAGUACAUGAAGGAGCAGAGGAUUGAGCCAGAGACAUUCCUCCCCUUGGAUUAUAUUGAAGUUAGGCCAGUCAAUGAGAAGUUAAGAGAGAUCCGAGAGCCCCGUAAUGUGAAGUUGGUCCUGGAUGUCAUCCGCUAUGAGAUCCCCAGUAUCAAGAAGGCGUUGCUGUUUGCAUGUGGCAGUGCCCUGGUGUGUGAGACCAUAGAAGAUGCCAGGAGGGUCGCUUUUGGGGGACAGGAGAGACAUAAGACAGUAGCACUGGAUGGUACACUGUUCCAGAAGUCAGGUGUCAUUUCUGGAGGUGCUAGUGACCUGAAGGCGCGGGCCAGGAGAUGGGACGAGAAGCAGCUGAGCCAGCUGAAGGCAAGGAAGGACAAGUUGACUGAUGAACUCAAGGAACAGAUGAAGAAGAAGAGGAAAGAGUCAGAACUGAACAAUGCCAAGUCACAGAUCAAAGGACUGGAGACCCGCCUCAAGUAUUCUGCCACUGAUAGAGAUAACACUGAUCGGCAGAUGAGGAAGAACCAAGAAGAUAUCAUCAACUACACACAGCAGUAUGAGACCUUUGAGCCCAGAAUCCUGGAGAUAGAGGCGCGUAUGAACCAGCGUGCGGAGGAGAUUCGUCAUAUCAAGGACAAGAUGAACAGAGUGGAGGACGUGGUGUUCAGAGAUUUCUGUGCUCAGAUUGGAGUGGACAAUAUUAGGCAAUAUGAGGAGAGAGAGCUACGAGCACAACAAGAGCGCUACAAGAAGAGGCUGGAAUUUGAUGACCAGAAGUCCCGUCUGCAGAAUCAGCUGGAAUACGAGAGGUCGCGGGACUCCCUGGCCAGUGUGAAGAAGUGGGAACGUCUCAUCAAGGAAGAUGAAAAUGAAUUGGAAAAGUUGAAGAAGGAUGAAGCUAGGCAGAUGAAGGUCAUAGAUGAAGAAAUGCAGAACGCGGAACAGAUGAAGCAGUCAAAGAUCACGGCCAAGUCCCAGUUUGAUGACAUGGAGACGGAGAUUGCAGAGGUCAGAAAGCAGUUGUCCUCACAGCAGAAGGAGAUUGCCGCCAUACAGAAGACUAUCACGUCUCUAGAGACCAAGCUGGAACAGAAGAAAGCAGACAGGCAUAGCUUACUGAAGACUUGCAAAAUGGAGGACAUCAAACUCCCGUUAAAGCAGGGCACGAUGGAUGACAUCACCCAGGACGCGGACACGUCCAGUCAGGCAGAACCAGGAGAGAGCACCACUUACGACAGCAUGAGCAGCCAGGGUGCCAAGGCCAUCUACGAGAAGGAGGCUAAGAUCCUGGUCAACUACGAUAUGCUGGACGAGGACCUGCUGGAUCUGGUGCAGUCUGAUGAGAUCAAGAAGAAGCAUGACUCUAUGGUGAAAGCAGUGGCAGAUAUGCAGAACACCAUUCAGAGGAUCAAUGCUCCCAAUAUGAAGGCUAUGGAGAAACUUGAUGGUGUGAAGGAAAGGCUCCAUGAGACUUCAGAAGAUUUUGAACAGGCCCGUCGCCGAGCAAAGAAAGCCAAACAAGCCUUUGAGAAAGUCCGCAAGGAGAGAUAUGAUCGCUUCAUGGCAUGCUUCGAACAUGUGUCCAACAGGAUUGAUGAAAUUUACAAGGCACUAUCAAAGAACCAGAGUGCCCAGGCAUUCCUUGGUCCAGAAAACCCCGAGGAGCCAUACCUGGACGGCACCAACUAUAACUGUGUGGCGCCAGGGAAGAGGUUCCGUCCCAUGGACAACCUGUCUGGCGGAGAGAAGACAGUGGCAGCCCUGGCGCUGUUGUUUGCCAUCCACAGUUUUCAACCAGCACCAUUCUUUGUGCUUGACGAGAUUGAUGCUGCUUUGGAUAAUACUAAUAUUGGCAAAGUUGCCCAGUACAUCAAGGACCAGUCAGAGGGCAGCUUCCAGUGUAUAGUGAUCUCCCUGAAGGAGGAGUUCUAUAACAAGGCUGAUGCCUUGGUGGGAAUCUACCCAGAGCAAGGGGAGUGUAUAGUAAGCAAAGUGUUGACACUGGAUCUCACAGAUUAUGCCAUGGAAGCUGAAUAGGUGGAGCCACUUGUCACAUUGCAGACAAUAUAGGGGGAGCUGCUAGCAGAUAUUGCAGUGUAGGAUUUGUGAGUGAAGAGCACAAAAUGUGGUCACAAUGUGUUCCAUAUGAUAAUAAAAGAAGAGAAAAUGGACAUUUUGCAAUAACUUGCUAUGCUUUGGGCAUUCCUUUGGAUCUAAAAUUAAAGUGGGAGGAGAUUUUGAAAAGAAUGCAUGUGUAUUUUAUUUGUUAAAAACAGAUGGAAGCAUUUUCUUUUUUAAAGUGUAAAGAUUUAUGAACCCAGGAUUGAAAAUGUUAAUGUGUUAAAUGUUUAAGUUGAUGUUUGUUUGAUAUAAUGUCAGCAAAGUAAGUCGGUUCUUUUACAGUUUUUAAGAUUUACAAGUUAGUCUUGUACAUCCAUGUCAAAGUUUAUUAUGGCAUUAUGUAUGAUGUCAGAUGGAGCUUCUUUGGUCUAAAAUGAGAAAUUAUGUAGGUAUUUUAAGACUUUUAGGAUGCCUCUGGACAUAACGUUAGAAAGUCUUUUAUUCAAGUUGACAAAUCGAAAAUAUUGGUACAAAAUGGAUUGUCAAAAUUGUAGUUCUUCAGAAUCACUUGUGAAAUGAAGGAACAUUUUUUUUUCAAUUUAAAUGCUUUUUUGUAACUGUAAACAUGUUGUUUAAAAGUCUAGAUUUUUAGCUUAAUAUAAUAAACAUUUAUAUCACUUGUGUGUA